GCCGGUGUAAGCCGAAAUCUGAGCCAAUCAGUUAGGAAGCGCUCCUGCGAGUGACGUCAAUCGCCACUGCUGUUUCAUUCUUUGUAAAAUGUCUGAUGGAAAGUUAUACGACAUAUUGGGAGUUUCUAGAAAUGCCAGUGAACAUGAAAUUAAAAAGGCCUACAGAAAACUGGCUAAAGAGUACCACCCAGACAAGAAUCCUCAGGAGGGAGAAAAGUUCAAGGAAAUUUCUUAUGCAUAUGAAGUUUUGACAGAUCCACGAAAGCGAGAGAUCUACAACACCUACGGUGUAAAUGGACUCAAAGAGGGUGGUCAUGACGCUGGUUUUCCAGCUGAUGACAUCUUCUCGCACAUUUUUGGUGGCAGCCCUUUUGGUGGCAUGUUUGGAGGAAUGGAUGGUUCCUCUCGGAGACGGAGACAUAGGGGUGAAGACACUGUGCAUCCUCUACGAGUUACAUUAGAAGACAUCUACAAUGGAAAGACUAUCAAACUUCAGGUGGAUCAUACUGUCAUCUGUAAAGGCUGUGAUGGGAUGGGAGGCAGGGCAGGAGCAAACUUCAAAUGUUCAAGUUGCCGAGGCAGGGGUAUCAAGAUCACUUUUAAGCAGCUGGGUCCCAACAUGAUGCAACAAAUGCAAUCUGCCUGCUCUGAAUGCCGAGGAGAAGGAGAGAUAAUAAAUGAGAAAGAUGCAUGCAAGACCUGUAAGGGGCGCAAGGUUGUAAAAGAGACGAAGGUCCUUGAAGUACACGUCGACAAAGGCAUGCGGGACAGUGAACGCAUAGUGUUCAAGGGAGAGGGUGAUCAACAGGCAAGAACUGAGCCAGGGGAUGUCGUUAUCAUCCUUCAAACAAAGUCCCAUGAUCUGUUCCACCGCGAAGGGAAUGACCUGUACAUGACCCACACACUAACGUUGACGGAAGCACUCUGUGGCUUUGAGCUGAUCCUGAAGCACCUUGAUGGUCGUGACAUUGUCAUCAGGCAUCCCCCUGGAUCUGUCAUUGAGCCUCGUACCUUGAAGGGCAUAAGAGGGGAAGGCAUGCCCAUCUACAGGGACCCCUUUGAGAAAGGCAACCUCUAUAUCAAGUUUGACGUUACUUUCCCAGAGAACCACUUUGCUGAUGAGACUGUUCUUAAGGAAAUUGAAUCCCUCAUUGGUGACAGACCAGAUGCUGUCAAAAUUCCAACUGGUGAAAAUGUUGAAGAGGUGGACCUCCAUGACUAUGACCCUAACAUGCAAGAAAAUCAUCAGGCCCGGUCAGAAGCGUACGAAGAUGAUGACGACCACCAGCGUGGCCCUGGUGUGCAGUGUUCGCACCAGUAACACCCUCUGGUUCAAGUAGAUGAGCUGUAACCCUGAAAUGCUUAUAUACACAUACUUGCAGGUUGGGAAGUUGCAGAGUCCUGUGACAUUUGGUUCUACUAAUUGGUUUUAGAAUGUCAUGUAAGCAAGAGCUGUCGGUUACAAUACAUUGGCUGUGUUAUACAAUUACUUCUACAUUAUAUAACAUUGUGAUGCAGCUAUCACCAGCUCUUACACAGGGCACACUUUACUUAAGGGAACAGAGAUGGCAUACUUGAAGUGGGUAAAAGAAUUGAGGAAGUUCCGUGUCAACAAUGACUUUUAAUUUUGUGUGUUCACUGUGUUGUCUGUAAAACAGGUUGCCUUGCCCUCCCCAUCUAAUAAAAAUGUAAAAUUUGAUUGUUGCAUGCAUGCUUUGUAUGCUGUGCAGCCAACUAGCCUGCAAAUUGGUAUUGGCUAUACAUGCUAGCUAUUAAAACCACCAGGUACUUUCCUGUUCCUCUUUUGCGUUCUCCCAUUUCUUGUUACCUGUGAACAAAUGUGAAGGUAUCACAAAUGUGCUACAUUUACAUAUAGACCAAAGGUACUGCUCUCAGAUUGUUUUUCUCUGCAAUUAUUUGGGGGGUGGCACCAAAAUGGCAGCAGAUCUUUCAGUCAAUUGGAUUCGUACAGUGUGUGCAUCUUUGUAUUUGGAAAUCUGUACUAACUAAUAAAACUGCAUUGGGCAUUGCUCCUUACCUGCA